UUCAGAGGAAAUGGCUGCGUAUCGACAGCAUCGUACAGGUUUGUGUCUGCAGGAACCCAAGAUAAAAACAUCCCCAAGGUCACAGCUGCUGUGCAAGCGUCUGUGCAGCGGGUUGUGGGCACUCCUCUGGGCUGCACCUUACACAGUAUGCUUAUAAAACCCUCUUUCCACUAAUUCUUUUUGUAUUUUUAUUUUUUGUUUAGGCAUUACAGUAAUAUAUUUAUUAUCACAGCAGGUGAUAUUGCUUUUCUUGCAAACAGAAAGUAAGCCCUGACCUUGCAUCAGGACAGCCCAGCACCUGAGCCGCAGCAGAAAGCAUCACAGCCCCAUGAACUCAUCAUGUCCCGGCAGGUGACCACCCUGUCUGGGCAGAGGAGUUGCACGAGCAGCUGUGGGCACGGCCCGACCCACGGUGCAGCGAGCAGCAGGGCUGGCAGGAGACUGUGGCACAACCCUGGCACAGCCAUGGGGCAGAAGUGCAUGGAGAAGGUGUCCUCCUUCCUCUUCGAGUAUGACACCCCCAGGAUGGUGCUGGUGAGGAACAAGAAGGUGGGACUGACCUUCCGGCUGAUCCAGCUCAUUGUCCUGGCGUACAUCAUCGGGUGGGUUUUCCUCUAUGAGAAGGGCUACCAGUCUCAGGACAGCAUUGUCAGCUCUGUCUCGGUGAAGCUGAAAGGCCUGACGCUGACCAACGAGAGUGUCAUGGGCCCUCACAUCUGGGAUGUGGUGGAUUAUGUUUUCCCACCCCAGGGGGACAGCUCGUUCGUGGUGAUGACCAACUUCAUUGUCACCCCUGGACAGAAACAAGGAAACUGCCCGGAGCUGCCGGAUGCCGGGCUCUGCAAGCAGGACAGCGACUGCAGCAAAGGGAAAUACAGCCGUCAGGGACAAGGGCUCAUGACAGGCAAGUGUGUGAAUUUCAACAGCUCUGUGAAGACCUGCGAGAUCUUUGGCUGGUGCCCCGUUGAAGUUGAUGACCAUGUUCCCAGCCCUGCCCUGUUGUCAGAAGCGGAGAAGUUCACUUUGUUCAUCAAGAACAGCAUCACCUUCCCCAGGUUCAAGGUGUCCAGGCGCAACUUGGUUGAGAGUGUCACCAAACAGUACCUGAAGAAAUGCACCUAUCACAAAGUCACCGAUUCCUUAUGCCCCGUGUUUGACCUGGGAUACAUAGUGAAGGAAUCGGGUCAGAAUUUUACCUUCCUGGCUAUUAAGGGUGGAGUGGUGGGCAUCACCAUCGACUGGAACUGCGACCUUGACUGGCCCGUCCGGUACUGCAAACCCAUUUACCAGUUCCACGGCCUUUACAAUGAUGACAGUAAUGUUUCACCAGGCUUCAACUUCAGAUAUGCCAAAUACUACAAAGAAGAUGGGACAGACAAGAGGACACUCUACAAGGUGUUUGGGAUCCGGUUCGACAUUUUGGUGAAUGGCAAGGCAGGCAAGUUUGACAUCAUCCCGACCAUGACCACAAUUGGCUCUGGAAUUGGUAUUUUUGGAGUGGCCUCUGUCCUCUGCGACCUGCUCCUGCUGCAUUUUCUCCAAGGACGGGACUAUUACAAGCAGAAGAAAUUCAAAUACGCAGAACAGGAGCCUUCAAAGUCGCAUAAGAAGGAAAAGGAGCUGGACAACACGCAGUGAGAGAAUCCACACUGACCGACAAACCUGCACCCUCUUCCUCCCCUAAAACACAGCUGCAUUCCUUGCCACCACCAUGCGCAGCCCCAAGGCCAGCAGGAGCAGCAUCUGACACCAGCUCAUGGGAACGUGGCACCCUGCAGCCAGGGCAGGGUCCGGCCGGCCCGGUGCCCUGCAUCUGGUGGGACAUGCUGCGAUGCUGGGGGUGGGUUAAAGUAAGGGACACUCGGGGCCUUCCAGAAGCUCUGCUGCAGGGCACUAGGGUCUGCUGCCUUUGCAGGCUCUUCUGAAGGGCUCCCACUGAACCCUGCCUGGUGUGCCCUGGCUGUGCCAGGACAUCCCGCACCUGAAGCCCCUGAAGAGAGCAUCACUGCCUCUCCUUCCCCAGCGGCAUCCUUGGACAGCUCCAAAUUGAGGAGAGGGGGAGGGAAGGAGAGCCGGCAAGAACCAUGCCCAGUCCCUCAGCAUGGGAGAAAAAUGGUUAUUUUGUAAGGAUGUAUUUUAUUAAAAAAAAAAAAUAAACCUUUAGUUUUUCUACUA